GCGACACACGGGCUCCUGCGUUGGACUUCAGUCGCGUCCUGGUGUCGACGCAACGUAUUCGAGAGGAGAUGAGAGCAGCCGUGUACCAUCUCCUGGCCGGCUGUCUGUGCCUGUUACGCAGCGCCACUGAGGAGUCUCAUCUCCCCCAGGAGCUUUUGGAGCGACUCUCCCGCAGCGAGAUCCGCAACAUCAGCGACCUCCAGCGGCUGCUAGAGAUUGACUCCGUAGAGAAUGAGGCGAUCGAAAAGACCAAACAUGGCUACCACAAGGACGUCUCUCACAGCGACCGCGACCUCAAGACAGCACAGACGCCCAGCAGACACAGGAGGAGCACGGUGGUGGAAGAAGCCGUGCCAGCAGUAUGUAAAGUGCGGACGGUGAUUCAUGAGAUCCUGAGGAGCCAGGUGGAUCCCACCUCAGCCAACUUCAUCAUCUGGCCGGCGUGCGUGGAAGUGAAACGGUGCACGGGCUGCUGCAACACCAGCAACAUGAGGUGCCAGGCAACCCGCAAACACCACCGCACGGUCAAGGUGGCGAAGGUGGAGUACAUACGGCGGCGGGCCAAACUGACGGAGGUGGAGGUGAAACUGGAGGAUCACAUGGACUGUGUUUGCACCAAAAAACACCAAAUUAGGCCGAAGGCCAACAACGGCAUCAGGUGAGGAAUGGGGGUCAGUUGAGCAGAAGAGUGGAAGAAAAGACUGGUUCCUUCCCUCUGGAUGACCUCCACCAUGGUGCUUUGGGAGUGUUGAAGGAUGCAGCUUCAAAGUAGAAAACAUCACUUUGGUUUGAGUCUUGCACAGAGUGACCAGAGGAUACGUCACCCAAGUGGACCGUUAAUGUUCACAAGAACAGAAGCUACAGGUUGAACAAAGUGACAAACUGUUAAAGCGUUUGAUGGCUGAGAUCCUAAAAAAACUGGUUUCAUUGCCAUCAGAGAAACCGCUCAGCAACUUGGAUUAUGAACUGCGUGGAAUCUUUUCUACCCACACUGACAGGGAUUAGACUGUACCAGAAAUGCACACGUCGCCUUUCUUGUUUGUUUGUUUUUUUAAUAUAUAAAACUUUCAUUUUAUAUCAACAUCUGUUUCCAUUUAUGUCGUUUUAUCUCCAUGAAGUUUGUAAAGGUUUGCCAUCUUACUGACACCAAUAAACAAUAUUAAAGUGUUGGUGGUGAUCAGU